ACAUGAAUAUCUCCAGGGACGUGGGUAAUAAAUUGUAAGGCUGGUAAAACAUGUCAGUGAAGCGUGUUUGCUUUUCAUUGUUCAAACAGCACUUUAAAGUAUUUGGAUUAAAGACAGACUGCAGUAUAUCACUGUGAUGGCUACUUUGACUACUGGGGUAAAGGAACCCAGGUCACAGUAACUUCUGCCACAACAACUAAACCAACUGUGUUCCCUCUGAUGGAAUGUGAUGGGACCGGAACCACGGUCACUCUUGGCUGCCUUGCCACUGGCUUCUCCCCCUCCUCAGUGACCUACACAUGGGACAAAAAUGGAUCUGGCAUGGACAACUUCAUCCAGUAUCCCCCAGUACUGAAGGAUAAUGUGUAUACCGGAAUCAGUCAAAUCAAAGUGAGCAGACAGGACUGGGACAGCAUGCAGACCUUCAAAUGUAUCGCCAGCAAUACAGCAGGAACAGGACAGGGGACUUUCAUCAAGCCAAUGGAGGUUUAUCAGUCGCCAACUCUCAAGGUGUCUGCCUCAUAUGAUGAUCAUCAGGGGGCUUUCUUCUCAUGCUUUGCCAAAGAUUUUUCACCAAAAAAGCAUGACAUCAAAUGGCUGAAAAAUGACCAGGUUAUCCCCACUGCAAAUGGUGUGAUCACAACUCCUUCUAAAGAAAGAACAACAGAUAAUGGAACCCUGUACAGUGCUGCAAGUUUACUCACAGUGCCAACCAGUGAGUUGACUGAAGACACUAAGUAUACAUGUUUGUUUGAGGGGAAAGAUACAGGACGUCCAGCUUUCAAGAAUGAUUCCGUCACCUACAAAUCAACACCAACAUCCAACCUCCCCUGUACCGGAUGUUCCACUCUGGAUGCUGACAUAACGAUCACAGGCCCUUCACUGGACGACUUGUUUAACAAAAAAACAGCAACGUUAUAUUGUAAUGUCAAGGAUAAUAAGCCUUAUGUAGAGAAGAUUUACUGGGAGGCCGAAAACAAACUGAAUAUUGCCGAUGCCUCUGUGUCUUUUGUGGACAAACGUAGAGGCCCAUUCAGCCUUCCACUUGAAAUCACCUUCGAGGAAUGGAGCAGUGGGAUAAAGCCAACUUGUAUUGUUGAACACUCGGAGACAGUUGCAACCAUCAAGGCAACCUACCAAAGGAUUAACGACUUCAAACAAUGGAACGGUGCUUGGGAGGUGGAGAAGGAUAACAUGGUUGAAGCGGCCCUCACCUUCAUCCUUCUCUUCCUCAUCACUCUGCUUUUCACCAUUGGAACCACUGCUUUCAAGGUUAAAUGAAACAAGGUGAACUUUCUUGAAAAUGUGUUUUCCUUCAUAUUAUUUUACUCUGAAUAUCAUGUAAGUAAUCACUGUUGCCAUUUCUUGUUUUCAUCGUUAAAGCUUUGUUAUGCUAAAAAAAAAAUUUAAUGAAAUUAACCAAAGAUGUUUAUCUGCAACAUCUUCCUCUUUUCCAUUCUUAUUGUUCAUUCUGUCCAUUGAUUUACCAAUAAAGGUUUUUUUUACACUUUAUCUGUACAAGUUAUUGUUUAACUAUUUACAUCUGACUGUUUUUCUGUGAUAUAUUGCAUUAAUAUGUUCAUCGCCUCUCAUCUCCCCAGCACCUUGCAUUAAAAGCCCAUGAGGUUCAACAUGUAAAUGUGAAACAGUUGGUUUUGUUCUUCAGGCUUCUAUUAAAAGACCUGAGAACUCAAACUUUGCCAAAGUCUAAACCCUAUUUUACUAUGUAAACUGAUGUGAGAUAUUUAAAUGUGCAUUCUGUUUCUCUUGCUGGCACAACCACUCCUCACACCUGGUGUCUGUGAUGCACCGUUGCUCUCAACAUUGUUUCACUUCUGUAAUUUGGUCCUUUUUGGGCGCUGGGUGUUACACAAUGCUUCCGCUUGCUGCUAGCCCUGAUCACUCUGCCUUGUCACACUGCAACAUCUGUGCAACAGACUUUCAGCCUCAGCUCCACCUGACUUUUAAGAAACAGUUUAAAAGUUCAACUCUGCCAUCUAGCCUAAACAUAAAGAAAUUGUAUUUUCUAUGAGAUGAACACAAUCUUAAAGGUACGUAUAAAUGAUGGCAUGGAAUCCCCUCAUAUUUUAUAGUCUGAAUGAUGCAAGUAAUAAUAAAAUACUGUCUUCUCUAAAGGACCGCGGGUUGUACCUCCACACAUCACAUUACAACCUGUCUGGGAAGGGGAAUUCAAACCCUCAGGGGUCAGACUCCUCUGCACCAUAAGAGGCUUCUUUCCUGAGAAUCUGAAUGUGAAGUGGCUACGGAACACCCAGCCCAUAACCAUCCAAGAAAUCACAACAAAGCUGCAGUCAGUGGACGGAGUGGAUAAAACAUUUACUCAAAGCAGAGAGAUUCAGCCACAGAGUACAGACUGGGAAACAGGCUCAGACUUUACCUGCAAGGCAACUCACAACGGCAAAGAUUUAACAAAGACAAUAAGUCUCUGUCAAAUCUAUGCAUGCGCCCCUCCGGUGGUCCAUGUAGAGACUCCCAGCUCCAAGACAGUAAUGACGGCAACAUCAGACGUGAAAGCAACAUGUUCAGUCAGCACUGUGUUUGAUGCCACAGUGACCUGGUCGCUGGAUGGGACAGCCCCAUCCCCAGACAAAGUGAAAAAAGUCACUAAUACAAGUCAUAUAACAAGCACUGUGACAGUUGAACCUGACACAUGGAAAAAACUGAAGCGUGUGAAAUGUAAAGCUGAACAUCCCUGUUUCUCAACCAUUGAGGAAACUAAAUUAGUCUCAGUGCCUGCAGUUACAUCUAUAACUGUAGUGAUGCGGAGAUCACUCCAGGAUUUGCUGAAGGGGGAGAGUGCUGUGCUGCAGUGUGACAUCGAGCCGAUUCCCACCAGUGUCUUCCACAUUACCUUCCAGGCCAACAGAGAAGUCAUUUAUGUUGACUAUGUUGAUCCAUCUCCAACCGUCAGUACACGCUUCUCUGUGCCUCAAAAGUAUUGGAAAACAGACACAAGCUUUACCUGCAAAGUGAAUCAAGGCUUCUCUGGUGUAUUCGAGUCAGAACCUAUCCGAAAUCUCUUUGUGGACCCAUCAGUGGAGCUCCUCAUGAUCCCCGGUACAGGGUCAGAAAAACAGAGACUGUUGUGCUCUGGAAGAGGAUUUGACCCUCUCAUAACAUGGUCGUCUGAGUCUGAGCCCAAAAAAUCUACAACCAAUGUCAUCAGCAUGGGAGCAGAUGGACGUGUGGCGGUAAUGAGUCAGCUUCAUGUUCCUCAGGACGAGUGGAAAACAGGGAAGAGUUUCACUUGUGAAGUCUCAGACAAGUCUCUGAACAAAAGAGUCAACAAGGAGAUCAGCCUCUGCUCAGCUGGUCCUUCCAUCCCUCCUUCCAUUCACUUGGAGACUCCCAGCUUCAAGACAGUAAUGACGCCAACAUCCGAGGUGAAAGUGACAUGUUCAGUCAGCCCUGUGUUUGGUACCACAGUGACUUGGUUGCUGGAUGACCAGGUCAACCAAAACAACAAGUUGGAGGAGAUUAAAAACACAACUCAUAUAAUCAGCGUUGUCACUCUUCAGUUCAGUCAGUGGAGCAUCUUCAAAUCUAUAACAUGUAAGGCUUACCAUAAGUGCUUCUCAUCCAUAGAGAAGACCGUGAAUGUUGCAGUGCCUGCAGUCGCACCUCCAUCGAUUCAGAUCAGAAGAUCGCUCCAGGAUUUGCUGAAGGGGGAGAGUGCUGUGCUGCAGUGUGACAUCGAGCCGAUUCCCACCAGUGACUUCCACAUUACCUUCCAGGCCAACAAAGAAGACAUUUCUGACAGAGAGUAUGUUGAUUCAUCUCCAACCUCAGGAGCCCUUUCCAUCAGUACACGCCUCUCUGUGCCUCCAAAGUAUUUGAACACAGACACAAACUUUACCUGCAAAGUGAAUCAAGGCUUCUCUGGUGUAUUCAAGUCAGAACCUAUCGGAAAUCUCUUUGUGGAACCAUCAGUGGAGCUCCUCAUGAUCCCCGGUACAGGGUCAGAAAAACAGAGACUGUUGUGCUCUGGAAGAGGAUUUGACCCUCUCAUAACAUGGUCGUCUGAGUCUGAGCCCAAAAAAUCUACAACCAAUGUCAUCAGCAUGGGAGCAGAUGGACGUGUGGCGGUAAUGAGUCAGCUUCAUGUUCCUCAGGACGAGUGGAAAACAGGGAAGAGUUUCACUUGUGAAGUCUCAGACAAGUCUCUGAACAAAAGAGUCAACAAGGAGAUCAGCCUCUGCUCAGCUGGUCCUUCCAUCCCUCCUUCCAUUCACUUGGAGACUCCCAGCUUCAAGACAGUAAUGACGCCAACAUCCGAGGUGAAAGUGACAUGUUCAGUCAGCCCUGUGUUUGGUACCACAGUGACUUGGUUGCUGGAUGACCAGGUCAACCAAAACAACAAGUUGGAGGAGAUUAAAAACACAACUCAUAUAAUCAGCGUUGUCACUCUUCAGUUCAGUCAGUGGAGCAUCUUCAAAUCUAUAACAUGUAAGGCUUACCAUAAGUGCUUCUCAACCAUAGAGAAGACCGUGAAUGUUGCAGUGCCUGCAGUCGCACCUCCAUCGAUUCAGAUCAGAAGAUCGCUCCAGGAUUUGCUGAAGGGGGAGAGUGCUGUGCUGCAGUGUGACAUCCAGCCGAUUCCCACCAGUGACUUCCACAUUACCUUCCAGGCCAACAAAGAAGACAUUUCUGACAGAGAGUAUGUUGAUUCAUCUCCAACCUCAGGAGCCCUUUCCAUCAGUACACGCCUCUCUGUGCCUCCAAAGUAUUUGAACACAGACACAAACUUUACCUGCAAAGUGAAUCAAGGCUUCUCUGGUGUAUUCAAGUCAGAACCUAUCGGAAAUCUCUUUGUGGAACCAUCAGUGGAGCUCCUCAUGAUCCCCGGUACAGGGUCAGAAAAACAGAGACUGUUGUGCUCUGGAAGAGGAUUUGACCCUCUCAUAACAUGGUCGUCUGAGUCUGAGCCCAAAAAAUCUACAACCAAUGUCAUCAGCAUGGGAGCAGAUGGACGUGUGGCGGUAAUGAGUCAGCUUCAUGUUCCUCAGGACGAGUGGAAAACAGGGAAGAGUUUCACUUGUGAAGUCUCAGACAAGUCUCUGAACAAAAGAGUCAACAAGGAGAUCAGCCUCUGCUCAGUUACUCAAGCAUCCGCUCAUUCAGUCGGCGUCUAUGUCAACGGACCACCGCUCCAGGAGACUCAGAGCGAGAGACAAGUGACUGUAACCUGUCUUUUGGUUGGCCCUCAUCUACAAGAUUUCAGCAUCACUUGGAAAGUAGACAGGAUCAAAAGUAAACAUGUUCAUACUGAGCCAUCAGUGAGUCACGGCAAUGGGACAGAGACUUUGUGGAGCUACUUUAAUGUGUCAGCAGAAGACUGGCACGCCUAUAAGCGAGUGUCUUGUGAGGCGAGGCACCGAUGUUCCAACCAGAGUUUUCAGGACCACAUAAUCAAAAGCAAAGACCCGAAGGCACCAACAGUGAAGAUUAUACAACCAAGUGCCUCUGAGGCGUCUACAUCCAACAUCCUCAGCCUGAUCUGCCUGGUUUCAGAGUUCUUCCCAUCGAACAUCCUCGUGCAUUGGGAAAAGAACGGCCAGAGACUACCGUCGACCGACUACACGAACAGCCCUGUGUGGAAGUACACAGGGAGCGGCACUUAUUCAAUGUCCAGCAGACUAAAUAUAACCCUAACUGUGCAAAGGAAGUCUACAUAUUCCUGCAUCGUCAGACACGAGUCAUCUGAAACGCCUCUUGAGAGCAAGAUCAAGGAUGUGUUUGAUGUCUUGGAGGGCUGUAAUUUCUUAGAUGACAUCAUGCAUGCUGCUAGGAACCAGGACAUAGAUGUUGACAGUUGGUACAUGGCUCUCACCUUCCUAUUUUUCUUCCUGAUCUCCAUCAUCUUUAGUAUCUUUACCGCCGUGAUUAAGACCAAAUGAUGGUUCGAGGAAAGAUCCACCUUCACCGUGCAAAUGUAAAAAUCUGAGAAGUUUUGUUGGAUUGAAGUGGAAUAAUUUAUUCCUAUUUUCACAUAUUUUUCAAUAUUCAUGUAAGAUGUAGAUUAUAAUCCCCUUGUGACUCAGAAACCUUCCUUCCUUGAACUCACUGCAUCAGGGAAAAUAAAUAAUCAAAUACAGCAAACAAA